AUGGACUUUGAUUUAGACGAUACGUGGUCGGAUACGUCUCUCGAGGAGGACAACCAGGAUAACCCAAUUCAGUCUCGUGCCUACCAGAUCGAGAUGUUCGAACACAGCCUGAAAGGCAAUAUCAUUGCCGUGAUGGCAACUGGCAGCGGCAAGACUCAAGUCGCCAAAUUGCGGAUCGAAGCAGAGCUGGAACGCUCCCUCGACAAGCAGGUGUGGUUCACCGCCCCUAGCGUCGUUCUGGCACUUCAACAGCACUCCUUCCUAUCCAAACAGCUGCCCGCGUUCCAAUUUAGAUUGAUCACAGGUAUGGAUAAUGCAGAACACUGGAAAACUAAAGAUGUUUGGGACAAAGCUCUAUGCAAUAUCAAUGUCGUCGUCUCCACUCCGCGCAUCUUGCUUGACGCCCUCAAUUAUGGCUUUCUGUCUUUACAAAACAUUUCACUGCUCGUGAUCGAUGAGGCCCAUCACUGCGUUGACAAUUCGGAUUUGAACAACAUCAUGCGACUUCACUAUCAUCCUUACAAUGCCCCUGAAUAUACUGGCACUCUUCCACACAUACUUGGACUCUCAGCUAGUCCAGUUACAAAGAAGAGAGUCGCUGAGUUACGUGUCUUGGAGACCAAUCUCAAUGCCAAAUGCAUGACUCCCACGCAGCAAUUGGAAGAAUACACGGCUUUCCUGAAUAUGCCAAGGCUCGAAACAUUGACAUUCGCCGAGAAUCUUAAUCCCCCCCCCAAGCUCUUGAUUGCCCUUCGAGAAAGAAUAUCUGGGAUACAGAUUGAUGACGACCCUUUGAUGAAGAAAUUACGUGGGAGGGAUAAUUUACAAUCUCAAGAAAAGCUAGAGAAAAUCUUGAGGAAGAAUUACACCCCGGCGCUGAAGGAACUACGAUCGUUCUCAGCAUCAUCUGCCACCAUGCAUGCGAGCCUAGGUAACUGGGCUUGUGAUAUUUUCAUCACCGCUUGCAUUCGAAAAGUUCAAGCUGCAGCAUUUCGUGGGCUAGACGAUGAAGCAGCUGGAGACACCGCAGCCGACAAACUCCAAUUUAUAAAGUCUGUUCUUCAACCCCUAGAAGCAUUUACACAUCUAGAUCACCCUGAAAUCUCUUCAGCGGACAGUUUAUCACCCAAGGUCAAACGUUUGCUGGAAUACCUGAUUCGAGAACAUCGUCCCAAUCUUCGAGCUCUGAUUUUCGUCCAAGCCAGACACACAGCCUGGUCGCUUACGGAGCUCAUCCAAGCUCAUCCAGUGAUGCAAAAUUAUCAAGCGUUCUCAUUCGUUGGUGUAUCCAAUCCAUCGCACCAAGGUGUCUUCGACUUUGCCGAAUUGCGUGUUCAGAACGAGAAUCUCGAGAAAUUCAGACGUGGCGAGCUUAACCUCUGCGUAGCCACCUCGGUGCUUGAAGAAGGGAUUGAUGUGCCUGCCAUCAAUUUGGUCGUAUGCUUUGACGAGCGCCCAAAUCUUCGAAGUUUUGUCCAGAGUAGAGGCAGAGCACGGCACCAGGACUCCAAAUACGUCCUUUUCCGUUCCACAACAGAAUCCUGGACCAAAGUCAAAAAGUGGCAGGCCCUGGAAAACGAAAUGAAGACUGAAUGUGAGGAAGCUAAACAAGCCCUGGAAGCACGCGAAUUGCUCGAAAAUCUGAAUGAGUUUGGCGGUGACGUAUACCGGAUCGAAUCUACGGGAGCAGUACUGUGUUUCAACAAUUCUCGGGAGCUUUUGCAGCGAUUCUGUGCGAAACUACCAAAGACGGAAGAGUCCGAAAGAAUAGAAUUGGCAUUUUGCAUUGAUGGCGAAAUUGGUGUCAAUGUAUCUGCUAGAGUCUAUCUUCCGUCGUCUCUUCCACCACAGCUCCAGAUAGCUCAGUCCAAGCUCGCCUGGAGGACGGAAAAGAUGGCAAAGAGGGAUGCUGCUUUUCAGGCGUACCUUGCUCUCUAUCACGCUGGACUUGUCACAGAAAAUCUUCUGCCUCCAGAGUGGCCGAAAGAAGAAAAGAAGGCGACUAAGAGCACGGGGGGUGAUAGAGACUCUGACGGAAGAGAGAGCAUUUGUGCUGUGCAGCAACAACACGAUCCCUGGCCAAACAUUAUGGAGAAAUGGGCAAAACCCGACACCCUAUACGCUCAUCGACUCCAAAUUGACGAUGAAGCUGCCAUCUAUCCGAGAAUGCUCGUUCUUUUGCCCCAGAGGCUGUUCAGACUCGACUUUCCUCUAUACACAACGUCUUCAAAACCCUUGAAAGCAUCUGUGGGACCAGGAGCGGAGGUCCAUGAUUUUCCAGUGGAUCUGGCACGCGAAGUUAGCUUGCAUCUGUUAACCACUGUCCUGGGGAGAAGACUUUGUGGUUUGCAGAAAGACCAAUUACCAUUCCUUCUCGUCCCGGAUGUGCAAGCGCAGUCACUUCAAGCCUGGUAUGAAACAGCUUCAACCAUUACACCUCUGGCUGAUCUCCUCUCUACCGGCGGCCUUGGUGAUCGCGAUUACCUCGUGCGGUUAGCUAAAAAGCCAAUACCAUAUGUCUAUCGACACUCAUCGCUCGCCGCAAAUAUCAAAGGAGUCGACAACAGCGAAUCGCCUCAAAUUCAAGCAAGAAAACUUCCAAGGAAGCUGGAAUAUUUGAGCUGGCAGGAACCUUCAAUGCCAACUAAGCAAGCUUCUCUGACGUCGCUCUCUGUGAGCGAAUGCUCGGUUUUAGGGCUUCCUCCCGAGUACGGCCAUUUGGUGCUACUAGUCCCCUCGAUAACUCACAUGCUCGAAGUCGCCCUUCGAUCUAUGGAAGCCUGUGAAGGCCCACUCUCAGACCUCGCCUACGAGAAUGUCGAGUUGGUCUCUGAGGCAUUGACAUUGCCACGAGUUUCCGCGAGAAACUACCAACGGUUGGAAUUCCUAGGAGACGACUUGUUGAAAUUCUACUCGACAAUUCAGGUCUUUGUUGACUAUCCCAAUCAUCCUGAAAAUCAACUCAGCAUCUAUCGAGAGAGAAUAGUCAACAAUGUUCGUCUUCAACGGAGCACGAGAUCGCUUGGUCUAGACCGAUUCCUCACACAACGUAGAUUUUCCGGGGCGGAAUGGACAGCUGGUGUCGCCAAACCAGGCUCCGGAGCAGGAGGGUCAUCUUCCAAGACACACCUCUCUUCAAAAAUUUUGGCCGACGUGAUCGAGGCGCUGCUUGGUGCUGCAUACUUGGAUGGAAAGGAUAAAGAGGACUCAGAACCGAAAUUGAUCUCUGCUCUGAAAUUGCUCAUUGGCGAGGUCCAAUGGCGACGCAUAAACGAGAAUUUGGAAACAUUUACGAACGUGAAUAAUUCUUUGAUGCACGAUCUUCAUCUGUUUACCCCUGUCGAGUCAAUGAUCGGGUAUUCGUUCCAGAACCGGGCUCUUUUGUCAGAAGCACUGACCAAAUCAUGCCUGGGCGGCGCGUUGUCAUCAUACGAUCGACUUGAGCUCCUAGGCGACGCUGUUCUCGAUCACAUCGUCAAGACCAGGCUCUAUAACAGUCCUCUACUCUUCGACCCGGAGCAGAUGACCAUCCGCCGUCAUGCCCUCGUCAGUCAUGCCACCCUCGCUUUUUUCGCUCUCCAAACUUCACACUCACAUAGGACUUUCGAAAUCCGGACAGAUCCCCGCUCACAUGUCACCGUCGACCAUGAAUCGACCAGGACCAUCUAUCUCCCCGACCAUAUCAGACGGAUCGGGGACCGAGCAAUCACCAAGCAACGUGAAGCCACACUGGCGGCGUAUCACGAAAUCCGCGCUGUGAUUAUCGACAAUUUCCAGAAGGGGAGGAAGUUCCCUUGGUCGGAACUCCUGCGCAUCAAAGCGCCAAAAUCGUACUCGGACGUCGUCGAGUCCAUCCUGGGCGCUGUCUUUGUAGAUUCGGGCGGCGACCUCGAACCAUGCACGCGAGUGUUAGAGACGAUGGGCUUCAUGAACCUAGUGCACCGUUUCGCGACGGAGAGAGAUCUACAAGUUCAUCAUCCCGAAGCGAUGCUCCAAGAGGCACAAGUUGGGUGUCAACUGGUCACGACCCGGGCCAAAGCGGGCUGGAGGUGUAAAGUCAUGCUCGACGGCGAAAGAAUCGCGCACGCGAAGAAGGCGAGUUGUAAGGACGAGGCGUCGUGUCGGGCGGCGGAGCGGGCGGUGGAAGUUCUUUCGCGAAGAAGGAAGAAAGAACAUACGCCAGAGGCUGGGUGUGUGGACAGGGAACCGGGAUUUGAACAUGAAGAAAGAGAUGUAGAUGGUGAUGGUAAUGCGUUGGAAUCAGAAGAGAUCUGA